CAGAUUUUAGUUGAUCUGUUAAAAUAUAUAUGUGCUCCAGUCGGAAAGCAUAUUGAAAGCAUUCGUACUAGACUGUAUAUUAUGUUUUCUAUCUAUAUCUUAGUUUCUGUAUUCAUCUACUCAACUGCUUUUGAAUUACAACGCAGCUUAAAUAGCAGGUAUCUAGGAAAAGAGCCCACUGGUUCAAUACAAGUUAAACUUUUAGGAGGUAGCAAAACGUCCGGUAAUAUAAUAAUUCGGAGAGGAGCUCAUUCUGCCUGGGGUGGCAUAUGUGAUGAUGGCUGGAGCAAGAAUAACGGUGACGUCAUAUGCAGAAUGCUCGGUUUUGGAAAAUGUAUUGCCAUAACUGUCAACAGCAAAUUUGGCCAUUUAUCAAAUAAUAGAAUUUGGUUAGACAACGUAAGAUGUAACGGAAGUGAAGCAUCGCUAGAGGAUUGUCACCUAUCUGCGUGGGGUUUGCAUAAUUGCGAUCAAAAGGAAGUAGCCGGCGUUUAUUGCGGACGUCAGAACGAUUUUGCAUUAAAGAAAUCUGCUAAAACUUUUAAGGAAUAUGCUAUUAGAAUGAAAGGGGGACGAAAUCCAACCGAGGGCCGCAUUGAGGUCAAUACUGGUUAUUCUUGGGGUACAAUCUGUGCCGAUACGUGGACAUUAAUGGAAGCAAUGGUUGCUUGCCGACAAUUAGGUCUGAAAUAUGCCAGAUCUCAUACAACGGCACCUUACUUUGGGGGAAAUAACGUCUCCAAGAUAAUAUCAGGUCUACACUGCACUGGGGAAGAAUCAAACUUAGCUGAAUGCCACCAUGAAAACGUUGGUAAAGAAGUUAGUUGCAGGGACAGCAACUUAAUUGCGGGAGUAUUGUGUACGGAAAGGUUACCUGAUUUACAACCUAACGUAACCCUUCUAGAGGAGACAAUUUAUUUGCAAGAUAGACCCAUGUUUCUAAUGCAAUGCGCUAUGGAGGAAGGCUGUGCAUCUUCGACAGCCUUUCACAUUCAAAGAACUUAUAGGGAUUGGCAAAUAUACCGGAGGCGUUUACUUCGUUUCUCCAGUGCAACCAAAAACGUCGGAACUGCGGAUUUUCAUCCUUUUCUGCAUAUGGACGAUUGGGAGUGGCAUUCGUGCCAUAUGCACUUUCACAGUAUGGAAGUGUUCGCUCACUAUGAUUUAUUUGACAAAAAUGGGAAGAGAGUUGCCGAGGGUCACAAAGCUAGCUUCUGCUUGGAGGACGUCCAAUGCGAUAGCGGAAUAGCAAAACGUUAUAUCUGUCAGGGUUAUUCACAACAAGGAAUAUCGGUUGGUUGUUCGGAUAUAUACACCCACGAAAUCGACUGCCAGUGGAUCGACAUGACCGAGGUGGAACCAGGCGAUUAUAUCUUCCGCAUGCAAGUCAACCCGGAACGGAAGAUUGCUGAGUUAAGCUACGCAAACAAUGCGGUUGUAUGUAAAAUGCGUUAUGCUGGUGUUUCAGCUACCGUAACCGACUGUAAAUUGUGCUCUUUAUAAGAAUUUAAGACCGCAUAACGUUUGAAUGAAAUGUUGACAAAAUUAAAGACCUAAUUUAACCCUUCCGCUUGUUUAAUUAGCAAAUAAACAGGAAAAAGCUGUUCACUGUCUAGUUUGGCGCUUAUUUUGUUUUCUAAUGAGCCUUUAUAACUUUAUAAUUAAAUACGAAAAGAACAACUAUAUGCUAUAAUA